AUAAACUUCCUAAAACUAAAGUACAUUCUCUCUUCAAAUUGAACUUUUUCUCCAUUAAAAAUUUCUCUGCAAUUUUUUUUUUUUUUUUACAGUUUUGAGAAGAAAGCAAAAGCUAUGUGUGGUGGUGCAAUUAUCUCCGAUUUGGUACCUCCUAGCCGGAUUUCUCGCCGGUUAACGGCCGACUUUCUAUGGGGUGCAUCCGAUCUGAACAACAAGAAGAAAAACCCUAGUAAUUACCACUCAAAGCCCUUGAGGUCUAAGUUUAUUGACCUUGAAGAUGAAUUUGAAGCUGACUUUCAGCACUUCAAGGAUUACUCUGAUGAUGAUGAGGAUGUCAAGGCCUUUGGCUCCAAAUCUGUGAGAUCUGUUGAUUCAAACUGUGAUGCUGACAGAUCCUCCAAGAGAAAGAGGAAGAAUCAGUACCGGGGUAUCAGACAGCGUCCUUGGGGUAAGUGGGCAGCUGAAAUACGUGAUCCAAGGAAAGGGAUUCGAGUCUGGCUUGGAACUUUCAAUUCUGCUGAAGAAGCAGCCAGAGCUUAUGAUGUUGAGGCGCGAAGGAUCAGAGGCAAGAAAGCUAAGGUGAACUUUCCUGAUGAAGCUCCAGUGUCUGUUUCUAGACGUGUUGUUAAGCAAAAUCCCCAGGAGGCACUUCGUGAGGAAACCCUGAACACAGUUCAGCCUGACAUGACUUAUAUUAAUAACCUGGAUGGUGGAUCCGAUGAAUCGUUCAGCUUUUUCGAAGAGAAACCAGCAACAAAGCAGUACGGCUAUGAGAAUGUGUGUUUUACUGCUGGAGAUAUGGGACUGGGUUCAGUUUCCCCUUCAGCUGGUACAAAUGUUUACUUCAGCUCUGAUGAAGGAAGUAACACUUUUGACUGCUCUGAUUUCGGUUGGGGUGAACCGUGUGCAAGGACUCCAGAGAUCUCAUCUGUUCUGUCAGAAGUUCUCGAAACCAAUGAGACUCAUUUUGAUGAAGAUGCCAGACCAGAGAAAAAACUGAAGUCCUGUUCCAGCACUUCAUUGACAGAUGACGGUAACACUGUGAACACGCUAUCUGAAGAGUUAUCGGCUUUUGAAUCCCAGAUGAAGUUCUUGCAGAUCCCAUAUCUUGAGGGAAAUGGGGAUGCAUCAGUUGAUGCCUUCCUCAAUACAAGUGCAAUUCAGGAUGGUGGAAACGCCAUGGACCUCUGGUUCUUCGAUGAUGUACCUUCUUUAAUGGGAGGCGCCUACUAAGCUGCAUAAACGUCUUCCCUUGCUAAGUUUUGUAAAUAACGCUUCAUUUGAGUGAAGUUUGCGUUUGCGUUUACGUUAUCUCCAAACCAAGACUAAUAUGUAUUGUAUUAAUUUAUUCAAAACUUUACUCGUUUGAUAUAUGUAAGUAUGUAUCCUUGCUUUCAUUAGUCGAUGGUUUACAGUCA